CAGGAGAAAGCCACUUUCCUCCACAACAGCAGGAGAAAGCCACUUUCCUCCACAACAGCAGGAGAAAGCCACUUUCCUCCACAACAGCAGGAGAAAGCCACUUUCCUCCACAACAGCAGGAGAAAGCCACUUUCCUCCACAACAGCAGGAGAAAGCCACUUUCCUCCACAACAGCAGGAGAAAACCACUUUCCUCCACAACAGCAGGAGAAAGCCACUUUCCUCCACAACAGCAGGAGAAAGCCACUUUCCUCCACAACAGCAAGAGAAAGCCACAGUCCUCCACAACAGCAGGAGAAAGCCACUUUCCUCCACAACAGCAAGAGAAAGCCAAAGUCCUCCACAACAGCAGGAGAAAGCCACUUUCCUCCACAACAGUAAGAGAAAGCCACAGUCCUCCACAACAGCAAGAGAAAGCUACAGUCCUUCACAACAGCAGGAGAAAGCCACAGUCCUUCACAACAGCAAGAGAAAGCUACAGUCCUUCACAACAGCAGGAGAAAGCCACAGUCCUUCACAACAGCAAGAGAAAGCUACAGUCCUUCACAACAGCAGGAGAAAGCUACAGUCCUUCACAACAGCAGGAGAAAGCUACAGUCCUUCACAACAGCAGGAGAAAGCUACAGUCCUUCACAACAGCAGGAGAAAGCUACAGUCCUUCACAACAGCAGGAGAAAGCUACAGUCCUUCACAACAGCAAGAGAAAGCCACAGUCCUGUUCAACAGCAGGAGAAAGCCACAGUCCUGUACAACAGCAGGAGAAAGCCACAGUCCUGUACAACAGCAGGAGAAAGCCACUUUCCUCCACAACAGCAGGAGAAAGCCACUUUCCUCCACAACAGCAGGAGAAAGCCACAGUCCUGUACAACAGCAGGAGAAAGCCACUUUCCUCCACAACAGCAGGAGAAAGCCACUUUCCUCCACAACAAGUAGUGACACUCUCCCGACAAGCUCUUCGGCGAGUUCUUCAACGGGAACGACGGGAUCUUCAACGGGAACGACGGGAUCUUCAACGGGAACGACGGGAUCUUCAACGGGAACGACGGGACCUUCAACGGGAACGACGGAUCUUCAACGGGAACGACGGGAUCUUCAACGGGAACGACGGGACCUUCAACGUGAACGACGGGAUCUUCAACGGGAACGACGGGAUCUUCAACGGGAACGACGGGAUCUUCAACGGGAACGACGGGACCUUCAACGGGAACGACGGGACCUUCAACGGGAACGACGGGAUCUUCAACGGGAACGACGGGAUCUUCAACGGGAACGACGGGACCUUCAACGGGAACGACGGGAUCUUCAACGGGAACGACGGGAUCUUCAACGGGAACGACGGGAUCUUCAACGGGAACGACGGGAUCUUCAACGGGAACGACGGGACCUUCAACGGGAACGACGGGACCUUCAUCGGGAACGACACAAUCGACGACAGAACCUUCAAAAGGUCCUAA